AUGAAGAUCAAUCAGGUUUACUAUAAAGAUUAACAGAGGAUUAUGGAAAGAAAAUAGAAAUAAUGCAUUUGUAUUGUAUCCUUCCUCAUUAAUAUCAAUAACUUUAUUGAUAGUUAUAAUGCAGUCUAUUCAACUCGUAUGAUGACUGAAUAUUGUAGUUCUGUUGUUGCAUUUGAUAAUUAAGCCAUCUAGAAUGUUAUUGAUAAUUAGACAGGAUUGGAUUAUGUUGUUUAUAAUUUAUUAAAUAAUGUAAUUGCUUAGGUUAUUAGCAUAUACACAGGUAUAAGAGGACAUAAAAAUACUUGUAAUAAUAUGAUGUUUUCAAAUAUGUUUUCAUAUCCUUCACUUCAUUUCCUAAUCCCAUCAUAUGGAUCAAAGGCUAAGGAUUAAAUAUAAAUGAAUUAUAAAUAAUCUAGUUUGUAGAAAAUUGAUUUUUGA